UUGCGCGUUUUCGGUGACUUUGUUGAACGAACAGCGGGCGCUGAACAUUUCGCCGCCGCUGAUAAAGUGGCACAAUCCGAAUCGGAUCAUUGGCCCAGGAAUAGGGCCUCAGCCCCCUCAGUCUGGGAGGAAUACAGCGCCCGUACCGCUUGCUUUCCAGGCAGGAAUGGCCUGCGAGGUUUGGUUGCCAGCCUCAUGACCUCGAACUCCAACCGCAGCACGUAGGGAACAAAGGAAUCGCCUUCCAUGGGGCUUCGCGAAAACAACAUCGUGAACUUAUUGCAAUUCAGCUAUGCCGCAUGACCCGCAAGGAACGGAAGAAGGGCCUUCAACAGCCGGAGCGGUCUUCCGCAUUUCUGACGGCUCCGGUAAGAGGGGAUCUGAUGUGCGAAUAUCCCAGCCAGGUCUUCUCAGGUCCAGGUCUCUGGGAUUGAGGAAACUGAUCGACGAGAAAGGCGUAAAGCAAGAAAUACCACUACAGGUAGAUUUCAGUACUGACAUCGACUGCGCUGCCGUCGACUGGGUUGUGAAGGAACUUCAACAGCAAGAGCCCGAUAUAGACCCCGACCCGAAAGGCCUGGCAAGACACUGUACAGUGCUGUGGAAAUACCAGUGCAUCCCAGAUCCAUUCAAGAGUCAAGAGAACAGCAUGAAACCACGGUCCAGCUCGGGUUCGAUAUCCAGUGCCGAUCAGCAAAGCAGUAUUACCCCGAGUGCUACCCCGAGCAGAGCUCCGCGAUGCUGGCAAGGGAGGAAGAAACACCAAACUUGCCGCCAAUUAAUAACAAUUGCCAUAGUGCUCGGAUUGCGGGAAAUUCUGGAAGAUGAGAUCAAGACUGCCAUUUGGGGAACGAACAAAGAAAUGGACGUUAUUAUUCCUCUUGGGCUUGAUAUUAAAGCCAUGAGAGAAAGCGAACUUGGGAAGCUAUUUACCUGCGUAUACCAGGAGAUCACCGAGAUCGGCGACGGGAACGAAAAACUAGCAAAAUCUAUACGAGAAACACUAAAGCAACAUAAUCUUGGGAACUUUGCGAAGACUUGGAGGAGGAACCAGGAGGAACUCGGGCUAUGGACACCGUAUGACUUUCUUCUGGGAGUGGAAAAUGCGUUAUCGCCGCCAGAGUUGCAGGCACAGCAGACUGAACCAGUGGCUCCGGUCGGGGUGAGAGAGUUGCGGCCGAUAAAUUGGGGGGGUCUUUUCCAUAAAGUGAGAGUGUCUAUGAGUGGCCCAAGCCUUGGACAGGAGGAGACAGCCGCGAUACUCGGGGCCCUCGAAACCCAUAUUUCCGAACGUCGACAAGAACUCGCUGCCGAGCUGAUGAGGCAGAGGGAUUCGACGGUCCGGCAGUGGAAAGCGAAACUGGGGUGGAAAGAAGAGUCCCUUGAUCUAGAUCCUUUGUAUCAGAAGUAUGGGUAGCAGAGAAGGAGGGGAAUGGCAGAAUAAGAUUCUGUCGGAUGUAGGAGCGCCGUGUCGACAGCCAGGCGGUCGACUUCCACAAGAGAUGGGAAGAUGGGGCCACCACAACUUUGAACAAACGGGGGGAUCUGUGUAAUUUUAACUUCAACGCGACGAAUGCCAACGGUGAUCUUCUGUUGGUUCCAUCUGCUAGUUUAGGCAGGUGAAGAGCCCGCAUCAUUUGAUCAACUCCAGGGGUUGUACCUGCCGAACACGAGCUAAAGUCAGUAUCCG